CUGUGAAGGAGGGAAGGGCAUAUACUUCUGGGCGGUCGCUCCCGAAAGUUGCGACUUCACCGGCAUCGGCGGCAAUGGGUAUCGAUUUGGUGGCCGGUGGCAAGAGCAAGAAGACCAAGAGAACUGCUCCAAAAUCUGAUGAUAUCUACCUCAAGCUCCUCGUCAAGCUCUACCGGUUUCUGGUGAGGAGGACGGAGAGCAAGUUCAAUGGAGUGAUACUGAAGCGUCUUUUUAUGAGCAAGGUCAACAAAGCACCGUUGUCUCUCUCUCGAUUGAUUAGUUUCAUGAAGGGGAAGGAGGAUAAGAUUGCUGUGGUGGUUGGGACGGUAACUGAUGAUAUUCGUGUGUAUGAAGUUCCAGCUCUGAAGGUUACAGCGCUGAGGUUCACAGAGACAGCAAGGGCAAGAAUUGAGAAGGCUGGUGGAGAGUGCUUGACUUUUGACCAACUUGCUCUUCGAGCUCCUCUUGGUCAGAACACGGUUCUCCUCCGGGGUCCCAAGAAUGCUCGUGAGGCUGUGAAGCACUUUGGACCUGCUCCUGGUGUUCCACAUAGCCAUACCAAACCUUAUGUACGGUCAAAGGGAAGGAAAUUUGAGAAAGCUAGGGGAAGAAGGAACAGCAGAGGCUUCAGGGUAUAAAUUGUCAACCAUACCGGAAGAAUUUACUCAUCAACCAACCAAGAUCAUGGAAAUGCUUUAUUUUACCAUAUUUUCAAUAGUUCAAAGAAAUUUAAACUGUUUUCCAUUUCAUGAAAUAGCUCUGCUGUUUUAGCAGGAUUUUUUAUUUUAUUUAUUUAAUUUUUUUUGCAUUUUUGUUCUUAUAUUUAGAACAUGCUUUUUGGUUUCUAUGGAGUGAUGCAUACUUCGGAUUUCAGUAUGUUGCCAUCAUGCAAUGGAAAACUUGUGUUACAGGCGAAUGAAAUAAAGCUUGGCAAGUUCA